AUGAAGUCAGGUAAGAAGUCGAUUUGUUCGGAUAAUGAUGACAUUCAAAAUUGGUUAAUUAAUCAUCUUCAUACAAUUCAAGCUAAAGCACUUGCUGCAAAUCUUACUUUACCUCAGAUUUAUAAAGAAAAAAUUCAAGCAGUUCCCGAUUCAAGCCCUAAUGAAGUUAAUUUAAAUGGUGAAUCACUUCUUAUAGCAACAAUUAAAUAUCUUAAUGAUAAAAGAAACAGACUCAAAUAUAUUCAAUUAUUGAUUGACCGUGAUGUAGAGAUCAAUUUUCAAGACAAACGAGAACAACGAACUGCGCUAAUGUAUGCAUGCAUAGAAGAUAAUAGGACCGAAGAGGGUUUAUUAAUUGCUAAAGUUCAUGGUUGCAAUUUUCAUGCACAAGAUAGGCUUGGCAAUACGGCAUUAAUGUAUGCAGCAAUGAAAGGUCGCGAUGAUUUAAUGAAUUUUAUGGUGGAUACACUUGCAAAGGGUUGGAGUUUGUCAGCAUUACAAUUGACUAAUUGUAUGGGUCAUACAGCUGAAGAUUUGGCAAUACGAAAUGGACAUCAUAAAUGUGCAAGAAUAGUACAAACACAGCGUUUGCAUUUGCUGGCAUGCCUAAAUCGUCAAAUGGGUAUGGUUGGACAGAUUGGAUGUCGUUAUUGGGGUGCCUAUGCGGCCAUUUAUAAAUGUGUUGACAAAUGGAAACCGCGACAACGCAGAAAAUCGAUAGAUCCGAGAUCUUUCCGUUUUGUACAAACGAAACCAAUUGUGAGAAAAAAAUCGAUGUAA